GUUCGUGGCAGGAGCUGCCAUGAAGUGGUAAGAACUGCGCCUCAACAUUGCAGCGCGGGGUACGAGGCAUUGCAGAUAUUUUACAGCUGUUAAACUCGGAAAUUGCCAUGCUGAGCCGGUUUACCACGAUAUUUGUCAGAAAACUGGUAACAAAAGCUGGAGUUGUUGCUCCAUUGAGCAAUCGAGUCUUCUUGUUCAACUACUUCGAAAAACCUCCUCUUGAAGAAAAGGAGUUUGUCAAGAAUUGGACAGAAACAUCAAAAUAUGUUCAGGCCAGAGACCACUUCAUCUCCCUGCACCUGCACAAUUCAAAAGGACCAAACACUAGAUUUGAGUGGGUUAAUUUCGUCGUAUGCGAUUCUGAUGACAUCUGUAUAUUUGGGAAGCCUGAUCCUCAGUGGCUUGAGAGAAUGAAAGAAGGAGCUAAGCUUGGUUUGACUCCUAAGCCAGGGCAAUACAGUGAAGUAGCAUCAUACAAUGGCAAUCCUCUUGACACAGAACCAAAAGAAAGAUCUGAGACUGCAAGAUUUCUGAUCACUGGUGUGACAGCUGAUGAAUCCAUCUCUGCUGAAGACAUGGAAUCGAACUGGAAAGAUUGGAUGAAAACAGAUUUUAUUCAUCAACAGUUGAAGGGAAACAAUAACUUGAAGGAUUCUAUGCUGUAUAAGCUGGUUCGCAGUCCUGUGCCAUACUUUCGUUACACAGUUCGAACAGAAUUAUCUCAGAUGGAUGAGAAGGAAGGAUAUGCACUGGCGGAUCUAGUCAAUCAGCAAAAAUGUUGUGAUGGAGUCGAAACCUUUACUGGAUUUUACAGCAUUUUUACCAACAUGUUUUAUAAAAAGGAAUAAUGUUUGAAUAGUCAAUGCUCCUGAAACAAAUAACUUGCUACCUAAGUGGGCUUAAGGCUGUGGUUAAGAUUAAGAUGCCUCAUCGUCUAUCCUCUCCCCCGAGAUAGAUAUGUUACUCUUAUUCUAAUCUAGCAAUGUAAACUUGUAACUUGUAAUCUAAACUUUGCAAUUUUAGUGUAGUUUGUAGUAAGCUUUGCUGGAAGAUUCUGAUAUUAACUGGGAUCAACUGAGGGCAUAUUUUUUAUA